AUGCAGACAAGCGGGCUCACAAACGCACCCCUCACCAAGGCGCUCCUAAUCUACACAAUCGCCGCCUCCAUCGCGCUCUCCAUCUUCGACAUCAAAUACCUCGCCUCCAUCUACAUCUCGCCGCAUCUAUUCCCCUACGGCCAAUUCUGGCGAUGCCUGACAUGGCAGAUUGCUGGUUUCGCGAACUCCACGGAGGCCCUGUUCGCCGCGCUGCUUGUUUACCAUGUCCGCGUUGUUGAGCGGGGGUGGGGUGCUCGGAAGGUCGCUACAUUCAUCCUCUCAACCCUCCCCUACACGACCCUCCUCCCACCCCUCCUCCUAACAACCGUCAUCAAACCGCUCUCGCUCGGCAAGAUCAAUUACCUCCCCUCGGGCCCAACAGCAACGAUCUUCGCCCUACUAGCGCAGUAUCACGCCUCGAUCCCCUCGACAUUCAGAUACACGAUCUCGACGUCGACAAGCACACCCAAACCCACCCCCAAUGCACAGGAUGCACAGAAUGCGACGCCCAAAUCCUCCCCGCUCACACUCUUGCUCACCGACAAGUCAACGACGUACCUCAUCGCCGCGCAGCUCUCGCUCUCGCAGUUUCCGUACAUGCUGCUGCCCUCUGCGAUCGGGUGGAUUGUGGGCGUUGCGUGGAGGGCUGAGGUGUUGCCAUUUGUCGCGGGGACUGGGAGCUCAGCUUGGAGGGUUCCUGCUUGGGUUGUUGGGGAGGAGAGCGUUGCGGUUUCUGGUAGGAGUGGUGGUGGUGCUGGGGAGGCUGGGUUUGAGGGGUUGAGGAGAAGGCUGGAGAGUGAGGCUGCGGCUGCGAGUGCGGCUGCGAGUGGGAGUGCAGGUCCUUCCGGGUCUGGGUCCAGCAGGCAGAGGGCUGCGAGAGGGUGA